CCGAUAAUUUUAGCUGUAUGAAACAGAUAUAAUCGCGUACCAUCAAAACUGCGAUAUAUCAUACUAAAAAAUCUGAUUACGAUCCAGAAACAAGCUGCUGUUAAAAGUGAGAACGAACCGUUGUGAAUUUCUCGUGCGAGCGAAACGAACGCAGUCAGAAAAGACUUGCCGUACAUAAGUAGACUGCGAAUUCGAUGCGUUUCUAAAAAUACCGAAUGUAUAGAAAAUAGAAACGAGAGCAUAAAACUAUAUAAAAUAACGGAGUGAGUUCAGACUGAUUUUUAUUCGACCGUCAUAAAUGUUUUAUUUCGCGUAAAAAACCGCAGUUUACUUAUGAGAAAGCUACUAUUGUUCGUGGCGAUUCUUCAAUUUUUUAAUCCGGCGGAAUCGGUGAACGGUGUCAUAUGGGAUAAAAAAAUCGAAGAUUUCGUGCCGAUCUUCAGCGUCUCGGCAUUCGCACUCGCGAAACAGGAUGUGCUCAUGCGUAGCCGGAAAGAAGAGACGCACAACUUUCAAGGAAGAAUAGUCCGAUUCACUUACUUUGAGGAAUGGAACAUCGUCAAUUCAAAAAAUAAUGGAACUGAAGUGACCGGCGUUAUCGGCGAGAUUUGGAAUACAUUAUCAGAAUACUUGAAUUUCACAUUAAAACUGAUUAAAUCGGACCACACGGCUCUAGGAAUAAGGGAUGUCAAUAACACCUACAAGUUCGGAUUGCUAAAUGUGAUACAAAGAAAUGGAACGGACGUAUUACCGAGGGUUGAAAUCGUUGACGGCUUUCGAGCUCGUAUCAUGCAAAUCACCGUUCCGUUAUCGAAAACUGGUCAUAAAUUCUAUAUACAUCAAAAAGUGACACACGUGUAUACUUGGAUGUUGAAUUUGUUUACCCCGAAGACAUGGUACGCCGUUCUGAUAAUGUACAUCCUUUUCAGCGUGUGCAAUUAUUUAUCACAAAGAAUCAAUGUAAAAUUCUUACGGAAAAAGCUGAGAGUAAAGCUGCAGGACUCCUUCUUCUACAAUUUCGGCAUGAUUUGCGGUCAAAGCUAUCUACCAGAUGGUAUAUGCAGAAGCUCUAAAAUCGUUGAACUAUGGUUAGGACUAUUUUCUUUGUUAAUUCGAACCGCUUUCGGCGUUCUUCUAAUAAGGUUUUUGACUCAGACCACUUUUACGAUCCCCUUCCAUGAUUUGAGGUCUUUGCUGGAGAAUAGUCAAUACAAUAUUCUUACUGUAAACGGUUCUCUACCGCAGCUGACUCUAUCGGCAAAAGCACUACGUGUACUACCGAUCGAAGACAUCCUGUACGAAGAAGUAGCCAAGCGACACGUUAUUAAAAGCUCGAUAGAAGAAAUGUAUAGAACAGUAUGUACGUCGGAGAAUUACGCGAUGUUCGAGGCAAUAGACAUUAAACAAGCCAGAGGGGCACACUUCUGUCCAUUGAAUCCUGUGGGAAGAAAUAUAAUUGACAAUUGGAUUGUUUCUGCGAUUGCCAGAAAUUUUCGUUACAAAAGAACCAUCGACGUCGCGAUAAUAAAAUUCCACGAAGUAGGCUUCAUAGAUGCACUGAUGAAACGUUUUAUAACUUUCGUGGACAGGAUUAAGGAACCGCCGAAUAUAAUCGAACCGAUCAACAUGGAACAAAUACAUUUGAUUUUACUCCUGUUUUCAAAUGGAUUCCUGCUAUCUUUCAUAGUUUUCUUGUUCGAAAUUAUCGCGUUCUAUUGUAAAGUUCACUAAUGUAUUGGUACAAAAGAUUUUAAUAAACUGUACUGUCCCUAUAUUAGAUGUUCCACAUCUAAGUCAAACGUACAAGUGAAUUUAUUAAUCAUCCUCGUGAAUUU